GGCAACUACAAUGGCAGACAUGGCGAUUUUCCAACCAGAGUUUACAAAAAUAGCUGAAAAUAUCCGUGGUGCUGAGGGACCAGUGUUUGACAGAGACGAAAACUUUUACAUGGUUGCACCAGAAGUAGAAAAAGAUGGGAAAUAUGCCGGCCAAGUGUUAAAAGUUGAUUUAAAGACAGGAAAGACAGAGAUUCUAUGUGAGCCAAGCAUGGAUGGAGAUGGGGGUGUGCCAGCAGGUUGUCAAUGUGACAAAAACAAUGUCAUUUGGAUAGCAGACAUGAGACUAGGAAUCAUCAAAGUCACCAGGGACGGGCAGUGCGAACAGGUGUGUAAAACUGACAAAGACAACAACAUUAUGCAAGGAUGCAAUGACUGCAUUUUUGACUACUUUGGAAACCUGUGGGUGACUGCUCCAGCUGGGAAGAUCGCUCCCAAUCCAUACGAAAGAUCUAUGGAGGAGCCUUUUGGGUCCGUGUAUUGUCGGACAGUAGAUGAGGAGGUGAUAAAGGUUGACACUGGGAUACUCUUCCCUAAUGGAAUAGCAGUUAAACACUCAGAAGAUGGGCGACCAGCGCUGCUCAUUGUUGCCGAAACACCUACCAAGUCUCUCUGGGGAUACACUAUAGACGGUCCAGGCAAAGUGUCAAACAAAACCCUCUGGGGAAAGCUGCCAGGUAACCUUGAAGGUGGUCCAGACGGGAUGGACUUUGAUGAGGAAGGUAACCUACUGGUGGCGCACUGGGGCUCCUCUCACAUAGAAGUUUUCGGUCCCGAUGGAGGGGAACCAAAAACAAGGAUCAAAUGCCCGUUUGCUAACCCCAGUAAUGUGCACUUCCAGCCAGCCACUAACACAGUGUAUAUAACGGAGCAUGAAUUCCAUGGCCUGUGGAAGUUUGAAUGGAAACAUAAAGGAAUGCUGCAAUACUGUGAUACUUUGAUGUUCUAAUUACUUUUUAAGAGUUUUAUAAAAAUGUUCACAGUUCAUAUUACAAUAUAUUAUACAAUUAAUACAGUUCACUUGACAUUACAUAAUCGCCAUAUUUUUUAUGUGAUUUUUUUUUGUUUUGUGAUCAAAUGCUUAUUCACAUGUACGUAUGAAAUGUCUUGAAUACAUUUAGUUGAAAUGUUAUUGGACCAUUUGAAAAACACAUAUAUAUUGUCUUGCCAAAUCUUGUCAACUUUUAUGAUAGCAUUAUGGCUUGAUCAUUAUUUUACUAGAGAUUUAUCAUAAUUAUUACUAUUCAAUAUCAUUUUCAACAAGAUAAGUGUUUUCAUAUUUACACAUUAUUAUUAAUGAAGAAAUAGAUUUCUAUUGAUAAAUCACCAUUACAGGUUUGUUUUAUAUUUGUAACUUUUGGAAAGGUCAUUGGAAAGAAUCGUUUAUGAAUAUUACUUAUUUUAUAAUAUUGCUAGUCAAUGUUGUAGGUUGUUGUUACACUGGUUGGUGGUUUACGAAGUGUUCCUUAAAAUUUAUAAAAUAAUUUUGGUGAUCAAUAUAUUAUAUUCAAGACUGAAAUGAAAAUAUAUAUUUAUAUAACUUUAUUUUUCUGUGUUUAAUUUAUAAUGUACUGUUAAUCAUAUACAUGUCAAUUUUCUUACAAUUGUAAUUUGUUUUGUUAUCAACGAUAUCAGCGAAGUUGUGACAUAUACAGCUUUAUUGUUAUCAACGAUAUCAGCGAAGUUGUGACGUAUACAGCUAUAUUGUUAUCAACGAUAUCAGCGAAGUUGUUACGUAUACAGCUUUAUUGUUAUCAACGAUAUCAGCGAAGUUGUGACGUAUACAGCUUUAUUGUUAUUAACGAUAUCAGCGAAGUUGUUACAUAUACAGCUUUAUUGUUUUUGUGUUUAUUUUCAAAGUGCAAGGUGUUAAAUGUUCAUAAGAUAGAUUACCAUCCUAUCAAACACAGUGGCCUUUUGCUAUAUUUUUAUACAUUUAAUCAUGUUACGAAAUAUUUUUUAUGACAUCUUGAUGCACAUGUCAUUAGGAGCAUCAUGACCGGCGAUUAUCUAUCAAUACAAAUUUAUUUAUUCCAGGAAACACUUUCUUUAUCGGAAUGGGUUAUAAAUUACUGCAGUGAAAAGUACAGAAAUUGAGUAGAAGUAUAUGAUUCAGCAUUCAGGUCGAGUAAAAGUGGGUUUCUCAGUCUUGCAUGUCUUGCCUAUUUGUAAUGCUCUACCACACCUAAGCUUUCUUUCUUGAAUAACUACAGCAAUGUUUCUGAUUGCCAGCUCAAUGAAAUUUGGUCUUCUCUUCAUCUCUUUAUAUUUCGUUUACAUGAACCUCCAUGCUAGAGGGUUCCACUUUGAAUUCCACAAUUGAAUGUUACCUUUCAAAAGAUUAAUUUGUAGCAAGUUCAUAAAUGGAAGUUAGUUAAACAUGAAGUAUUGAUUUAUUGUUGAAGAUUUGCAACAUGCAUUGAGAUAAGAAUCACCUAGGCUGGAUUAUUCCUUUCCAGUAUAAGUUACGUGCAUGUUAACCCAUUCGUAAGCGUAAAAGGUUAGGGACGGCUUUGUGAAUAGCCCUGUGUGUAACCUACAUGCACUUCGGUAUGUGUAUGUAAAUAUCUCUGAGCACCUGCUAGUUACGUAAACGUCUUAACACAGGAGUUAUCGUUAAACGGUUAUAUACUACACAAGAUCCGGUUCAGUUGAUAGAACCAGCAGUUAUAGUUAUGUUGUUUUUUGUUGAUCAUGAAUAUUUUAUGACUAAGCUUUAGCUAAUGACUAAUGUUAUUGAAUUAUUUCAAAUAAAAUUGUUAUUAUAAUGAAUAUUCUGAUUAUUAAAAAUGAGAACA